AUUUUAUUCCUGUCUCUAUUACUAUUGCUUCCGUCUUUUUACCGCCAUAUCCAUCCCCACACUCAUUAUCAGCCGUAGGCUAUCGCUGCACCCACAUUCCUUGCUCCUGCCCUGUGUCGCCUCGCCCCGUCAGCGGUCUCCAUUUCACACCACCUCGUCAUUCACAUCGUAGUCCGCGACCAACCAUAUACUAUAUCCACACCUGUCUUCGCUCUCACACCCAAGACACCAUCAAAGGAGGCUGCCAAGGGGUGCCCAUCACACUCUUUUUCGCCCAUCCCAAAUCAGUCAUCAGUCACUCAUCAUCAACAAUCGCCGGCCAUGAGACUUUCAACAACUCUUCCCCUUAUCCUUUUCCCAACUCUUACCCUUGCUCAUGCCGAUCGUAUUCAUCCAGCUCACCGCAGACAUCUCGCCCGGAGCGGGUCCGGUGGGUACGGGAAACGUGCCCCAGCCUUGCUGGACGAUCUGAGUGGUUUACUUGACGGUGAUUCUGGCAGUACGUCCUCUGCUGCGUCAUCAACAUCAACCACAUCCUCUGCUCCAUCGUCUUCAUCCUCUUCACAAUCGUCGGUGACCCCCACCUCGACUGCAGUGACAACUACCUCUCGAGACGAGGUAACGUCGACCUCUGUGGCUUCUUCUUCUCUGCCAUCUACUAGUUCCGCCUCUCCAACAUCAACUUCUACCACGUCGACAGAGGUCUCCUCAUUUACGGCUGGUCCGAGUGAGAACGUGACAUCGUCGACGGCUUCUUCUUUUGACCCCACAUCAACUGCUUCUUCCAGCUCUACCGAGCAGUCUCUUGCCCCUUCUGCUACAUCUACCACAUCCACAUCAUCAGUGGCCGCUGAGUCAACUGUCUCCCCGUCUACUUCUGCCUCUGUACAAUACACGACAGAUGCGGCCGGUCAAACUCAGCUCGUCACGGUCAUUCUUACCCAAUCAGUGGAUGAUGCGACAAGAUCUGCUGACGCGGCUACCGCUUCGGCUACUUCGACAGCCGCGACCCAAAGCGGAGGAAACAAAUUCCCAACUGGGGCUAUCAUUGGUAUCUGCGUCGGUGUCGGUGCCGCCAUCUUGGCUUUGAUCGCGUUAGCCGUGUGGAGGAUGAAACGAAGGGGUGGUGAAGAGGAUGAGGCCAUCCGAUGGCCCGAACUCAACCGUCACGGUGACUCUGACGCCCACCACGCUCUUCCCGCCCGCGCAACUGGCCAGCACGGUUUCGAGACUAACCCUCUUGAACGUUCUCUCUCUUCUUCCUCCGAGCUUCAGUAUGCCGACUAUCCUGUCGCUUCUCAUCCUGACUACGACCUUCCUCAGCACAGUCCUAUGCCCAUGGCUCUCAAUGGCUCUUCAUUUGGCGCAUCCAGCUCGCUUGAAGAUGAUUAUGCCUUGUCCGAAAAGUACCCUCCUGCUAGUCCUCAUCCUCCAAGCCACGACGACCAUGACAACUAUACUUCAAUGCCCCCUCCCGUGCAAUCUCAGGCUUCAGUGGGGCUCGGUAUGGGGGGAGCGAUAUUUGGACAUGCCACGACACCUGAGGAGGAGGACCCUUAUGGUGGUGUUCAGAUGACCCAGCUUGACCACGGUGUUACAUAUCAGGGCAUGACUUCGCCCGAGUACGGUCACCAGCCAAUGCCCAAUCCUCAUGAUUACAGGUAAAAGUGGUUUUAACACGUGAUGAGUCGUCGAGCAGGAAGUGGAAUGUGGUGAAUGUUGCGUUACUCGCAUUGUCUGACAUUGCGAACUUUAUUAUUAUUAUUUUAUCUUGGCCACGCUGUUUAUACCCGACCAAACAAUCUUAUAAGAGCUUUUACCCCCUCUGUUCUACCUGUUAAAUACGUAAACAAUAAACGCUGUUUGAAGU